ACACUUUAUUUUUCAAAGGAAAUUUUAGUUGUUACCGUUUUCAACUGUCUGUUUGUUUGUGGGUUCGUUCAAAACGAAAAAUGGACGCACCAGUAGAAGAGGCUGCUCCUUUUAUGUCAACUUUAGAUUUAUUUUUACUCUCAGCUUUGGUGGGAUUUGGGGUAUAUUGGUUUUUCUUCAGGAAAGACGACACGCCAAGCGAUGAUGAGUUCAAGAAGCUGAGUGUUGUGCAAUCAACUUUAAUCAGAAGCGAAUCUUUUGACCUUGGAUUCCUGGCACGAAUGAAAAAAUCGGGACGAAACAUUGCAAUCUUGUACGGGUCACAAACGGGCACGGCUGAGGAGUUUGCCAACCGACUCGCGAAAGAUGCGCAAAGAUACGGGAUGAAAGCUCUCGUUUUGGAUCCAGAAGAAUGCAAUGUAGAGGAUCUUCCCCAAUUAACUGAGAUACAGAACUCUUUCCUAAUAUUCUGCAUGGCAACUUAUGGAGAGGGAGACCCGACCGAUAACGCGCAGGAUUUCCAUGAUUGGCUCAAGCAAGGAGAUACCAUGCUUACUGGGAUCAGAUACGCUGUGUUUGGUUUGGGCAACAAAACGUACGAACAUUACAACUCAAUGGGGAAGUUUGUGGACAAGAGAGUUGAGGAGUUGGGGGGGGAAAGAUUGUACGAACUCGGGCUCGGAGAUGAUGAUACAAAUAUUGAAGAAGACUUUGUGACGUGGAAAGAAGGUUUGUGGCCGGCUGUUUGUCAACGGUUUGGAAUCGAAGCUUCAGCGGAUGACGGUUCGUUCCGUGCUUAUUCUUUCACUCAAUACGAAGAUGGAGAAUUGGACAAGAAAACGAUAUACACAGGAGAAGUGGCGAGGCUGCAUUCAUAUGAUAACCAGAGGCCACCAUAUGAUGCAAAGAAUCCAUUCCUUGCCCCAGUUCAAACCAACAAGGAGCUGCAUAAGGGUGGUGGGCGCUCAUGCAUGCAUAUUGAGUUCGAUAUCACAGGAUCUCGUAUCAAGUAUGAAGCUGGUGACCAUGUGGCAGUCUACCCCACCAAUGAUGAAGCUAUGGUGGAAGAAUUAGGUGAAAGACUCAAAACAAACCUGGAUACUUUGUUUACAAUGAAUAACGUGGAUGAGGAUUCCAGUAAACGGCAUCCAUUCCCAUGCCCCACAACCUUUCGUACCGCUCUGCUUCAUUACCUUGACAUUGCCAGCCCACCCCGCACCAAUGUGUUGAGUGAAUUUAUUGAAUAUACAUCGGAUGAGAAAGACAAACAAUUUCUUAAACUUCUGUCAUCUGCCACACCUGAAGGAAAGAAACUGUACCAGGAAUGGGUUAUGGAUUCUCGUCGUACCUUGUUAGCUGUGUUAAAGGAGCUUCCAUCAUGCUGUCCAGCCAUGGACCACAUAUGUGAACUUCUACCACGACUUCAAGCAAGAUAUUACUCCAUUGCUAGCUCACCCAGGGCUCACCCCAACAGCAUCCAUAUAUGUGCGGUUGUUGUCAAGUACAAGACAAACGCAGGUUACGACAACUUCGGUGUGGCAACAAACUGGCUCAGUGGUAAAGUCCCCGCAACAGGAACUGCCAUACCUCGUGCCCCAAUAUAUGUCAGAAAGUCUCAGUUCCGCCUCCCGUUCAAAGUGAGCCACCCGGUGGUGAUGAUUGGUCCGGGGACGGGCCUCGCUCCUUUCAUCGGGUUCAUCCAGGAUCGUGCUUAUCAUCGAGAGCAAGGGAAGGACGUGGGGAAGACCAUCCUCUACUUUGGAUGCAGGAAGAGAUCCGAAGAUUUCAUUUAUGAGGAGAUGCUGGAAAAUUGGAAAUCUGAAGAAGUGUUGACCGAAUUAAACCUCGCCUUCAGUCGCGAUGCAGAGAAGAAAACGUACGUGCAACACUUGAUAGCACAGAAUAAAGAUUCCCUAUGGGAAGUGAUUGAGAAGCAUGGGCAUAUCUAUGUUUGUGGUGACGCCCGUCACAUGGCACGUGACGUCCAUGAUGCCAUCGUGACAAUUGUCGAGGAGAAAGGUGACAAGUCCCACCAACAAGCCAUCGACUUUGUUAAAGGUUUGAUGAACAAGGGAAGAUACUCUGCUGACGUAUGGAGCUGAUGACGUCGUUUGAUUGACAGCUGGUGGCGUGACGUCAUGUAUUAUCUUCGCAAUCAAUGCAAUAUCAAACGAUUCCAUUUUCUUUAUGACGUCACAACCAUUAAUUGUGAUGAAGUUUGCUUUUCAUUGUCGGCCAUUAAUCAGCUCACAAUGGGAAUUGCUGCAGUUUGUUAGGGAAUAAUUAUUCAAGUUUUAGAAGCAUUUGUGACGUAUAUAUAGUUUGUAUGACGUUAUUGGUUUAAUUGUGACGUCAUAGUUAGCAUAAUAGUCUACGUCAUAAUGUCAAUAUCACGUCAUAGUUUAUAUAUUUGGUACGGUUUGAACAUUAUGUAUACAAUUAAUAACCGGUGUAUUAAAUCACAACCUAUA